UAUAUCAGACAAAUGCAAUGCAUUAAUCUUAUGAAUAAACCGUUUUAGCCAAGGGCAAAAAAGUCAGCAUGUCCUUUAUCUUCAGUAAAGCAUGCUAGCUUUGUGUGUCAACAUUGCAUUUUCACUUCUGUUUUCAUUUCAAACUCAGCGACAUUUGGCAGGAGAAAACCGGAAGCAAAUCCUUCAAAUUAAAAGUAGUAAGGACUCUUAGAGAAAAUACUACACACUAAUGAAGACAAUUCUAAUUUCGUAUGAACACGAGCAACUAUAGAAUGCUACAGCAACCUCCUUAUUGUAGCGUUAUUUUUCCAUAUGGCUUUUAUUUUGCAAUAUGGCUAAACAAACUCACUGAAAACCGGAAGUUCUGAAAUAGUGAUGCUUGUGGAACACGCGCGUAGUAGAAAGACACGGAUGGAGAUUCCUGAUCAAAAACAAGAAGUCAAUUGUGUCAGAAGAUGAGUUCGCAACAAUAUUCACGACCGGGAAUACCCCCUGGUAUGGGGAAAAAACAGAUUUCCGGAGGAAACACUGCAAUGGUGGCUAGUAGUCAACCAAACACAACAGGUGGGACAGACGAUAGCAGCCGUGACCCUCACCCAGACCACAGUCCUUAUGACCGCCCCAGCGGUGGUGGUGGAGCACUGGGCUUCAGAGAUGACAAGCAGGAGACAGUGGUGGUCCGGCCUUACCCCCAGGUCCACGGCCCCCCCCAGGGUCACCACCCAACACUACCUCAGCACCUGCCCCUCCAGCAGGGCAUGCCCGUCACAGUGUCAGCCCCUCCACCGCACAUUCCCCAGGGCCUGCCUCUGGCCUUCACUGAAGGACCUAUAAAGGUGCAGUCGUCUCUGAAGUCGCCCAUGCCCAGUCGAGUGAUCGCCCCAGCACCAGCCAACAUCCAGGGCCACAUCUCCCUGCCACCCAAGGUGCCAAGCCACCUCACUGUAACCAUGGAGAGCACUGUGCCUCCGACCCCCGGCAUCCCUGUAGCAACUAUCAGUGGCCAACAGGGCAACCCCAGUAACUUGCACCACCACGUGCAGAUCAUUCGCAGCAACGGCCCGCCCCUGCAGCUCGGAUCCACUGGCGUUCCCCAGCACACCUUUACUUCCCAUCUACCCCGAGGAGCUGCUGCAGCUGCUGUGAUGUCCAGUUCCAAAGGCCCUACCGUACUGAGACCUGCUACAGGUCCUGGUGGUGGUACUGGCCCACCUACUGUCCAGCACAUCAUCCACCAGCCUAUCCAGUCCCGGCCAAUAGUAACAACGUCCACGGCUGUGUUGCCCACGGUGGUUGCCCCGGUAACGGCCACCAGGCCUCAGUCCCCAGUGGUUAGCUCAGCCACGCACUCCGCAGAGAUGGUUCAUGGGCGUCCAGGGUUGACCAUUCACCCCCCUCCAGCCACUCUGAGCAUCCAGCGUCCUCCCCAAUCUCGGGAGACCCCCACACGCAUCACCCUGCCCUCUCACCCUGCCAUUGGGGGUCAGAAACCCCAGCUGUACAACACCAUGGCACAGAAGUCCAUAUUCAGCAAUGUUCCUCCUGUCGCUGCAGCAACUGUUGCCCCCAUAUUAGCCACCAAUACUGCUCCAUCGCCUAGCACUACAGGCUCAGGACCCCACCCCAACAGUAACAUCGUCACCAUGGCGAUGCCCUCUCAUUCCUCCCACGCCACAGCAGUCACCACGUCCAACAUCCCCGUGGCUAAAGUGGUUCCCCAGCCAAUAGCCCACACCUCGCCCAGGAUCCAACCGGAAUACCCUGGAGAGAGGGGGAACCUGAUCCCCAUCUCAGGCCCCCGCUCCUCCCCCAACCCCAUCACCAUGGAGGCCCGCAGUGACAGGCAAUCGGUGCCAGUGCAGUUUCAGUACUUCCUGCCUACCUACCCUUCUUCGUCGUACCCUCUGACACACACCUACACCCCCAUCACCAGCUCUGUUUCAACCAUCCGACAGUACCCAGUAACCCCUCAGGCCCCCAGCGGCACGGCCAUGCAGACCCAGGCCAGUGUGGGCGUAGCGUCGGCGGUGCACCUCAACCCCAUGCAGCUGAUGACGGUGGACCGUAUCGCUCAGAUCAACACGCAGAACAUCCAGCCCGCCGCCAUGGCCACGCAGGGCAUCAAGUCAACCAACAUCAGCACCCAGGGCCUGCACACUGCCACCGGUCAGAUCACUGCGCAAAACAUCCAACCUGUGCCCAUCAACCAACAGCAGCCAGCCAUUGAGAACAAGACCUCAGUUGUGUUAGCAGACGGCUCCACUCUGGUGGCCAACCCCAUUGGCCAGACGUUCGGCAGCAGCCAGCCUCCCACCUGCGUUGGGCAGACACACCCCCAGAACACUGGGACUGGUGCCCCCACCCUGCUGUCCUCCCCCCGGCCUAGCAUCCUGCGCAAGAAGCCUGCCAAUGAAGGGUCUGCUGUGAGGAAGAACCUGAUCCCAGAGGCCAUCAGCCCCAGGAUAGAUGGAGGCAUCAGGCCUGCAUCAGGUAUGAAGCACAAGGCUGAUCUCCACGUGUCCCUGGCUCCCCCGUUGACGUUGUCCUCCAUGGAAGCGCUGCCCAGCCAUCAGAUCAAUGAGCAGCAGCCCUCUCAGCCAAUCCAGACCCUCCUCUCAGUGUCCGCACCCCCACACUCCCAGCCUGGCCCCGCCAUGUCCGCCAUUACUCCACCAAUCUCGUCUAUGACCAACGUGGUGGUUCCGCCUACACAAGCAGCAGCCAGUAGCACAGCGGCAUGUGGAAUAAGCUCCACCCUCCCAGAGCUCAAGAUAAAGCAGGAAGUGGAGCCUAUGGAUACCUCCAAAGCAGGUCCCCCUAUGCCCCAUUGCGGUGCCCCCAUGUUGUCCAUGAUGCCCGGUGGGGACGUGAUCCUCGGGGCCUCCCCCAGGAAGAAGCCCCGGAAGCAGCAGCAUGUCAUCUCCACGGAGGAGAGUGAGAUGAUGGAGACCAACAGCACAGACGAGGAGAAGGUCCUGGCCAGACCACACAGCAUGAGGCCCGAGAAACGCAAGUCGCCCCCCAAGGAGUACAUAGAUGAGGAGGGUGUGCGCUAUGUCCCCACCCGGGCUCGCCCCCCGGUCACCCUCCUCCGCCACUACAGGAACCCCUGGAAGGCUGCCUACCACCACUUCCAGAGAUACAGUGACAUCCGGGUCAAAGAGGAGAAGAAGGGCACCCUGCAGGACGUAGCCAAUCAGAAGGGGGUGGUGUGCAGAGCGCAGGGCUGGAAGAUGCACCUGUGUGCUGCACAGCUCAUGCAGCUGACUAAUCUGGAGCAUGAUGUGUACAGCCGCCUCACUACCCUCCAAGAGGGCCUGAUCCCAAAGAAGAAGGCCGGGUCGGAUGAUGACAUGCACCGUAUCAACGAGCUCAUACAGGGUAACAUGCAGCGCUGUAAGCUGGUGAUGGACCAGAUCACUGAGGCUAGAGACACCAUGAUGAAGGUGCUGGACCACAAGGAGAAAGUCAUGAAGUUAAUCAACAAGAACGGCGGAGCCAAGAAAGUCAACAAGCUGAAGCGCAAGGACAAAGCCUAGAACAGAGGGGGGACCAAGCCUAGGCUAACCCCUGUACUCUUGUCUUUCUAAAGACGGCUCUAGUCUACACCCCUCACUGAUAUGACCAUAGACCACUGGUAGAUUUGAGUCAGUAUGGCGUCUGGGGUUACUCGUUAGCUGUGUGCAACCGUCCGACCACGUUUGACCUAGAACUGAGAACCAAGUGGUCGGCAGAAGGAACAUAUUAGGAACAAACACGGUUCCGCUACGUCCAAGGGAGGAGCUUGUCAAUGGAGAGGAAUGUACAAGUAUUAAGCCCAUAUCAGGAAGUUGGUAUGUUCUCAGUUGUUGAUUGGAUGGCUGGCAGAAUUAUUAUGAUUUUGAUGGUUGAAUGAUGGUCUAGAGGGGAUGCAGUGUCUGUUCAAUUGAUACCCUGGAACAUUGUGUGAUCAAUAUGGGUUGUUUAUUAAACUAUCAUCAAGUACUUAUUGCGUAAUAAAUGUGUAAAACAGUACAGUGUAUUUAUCCUUCACUCCUGAAAAAUCACAAGUAUGCUACCAAGUUCAGUCAUUGGAAAUGUCACUACGGUCCAAGUAAAGUGUUGUAUAUCACAGUAUUCAACAGAUCUUGGGACAAAUAUGUGUCAAAUACUUGUGUGCUUGGAGUUAGCUGUCUGAUAAACUAAAUCGAGCACAUCUUAAGUAUUUGACCUCAGGCUAAAUGUAUUCUCUAGUAAAUACAGAUUGUAAAAGAAAGUGCAACUGUAAUCUCUUUUAGAACUUUCACUGAGUGUUACUCUAUUUGGGAGUAAAAUGGGAUGCCUUUUUGUCAUGUGCUAUCAGUAGCUGACUAGACUGUAAACCCAAUCAAACUCUUAUCGGGACAAAGAACUUUCUGGGGCUUAAGCUUGGAAUGUUGAACAAGUCUUAUUUUGGUUUGUGGGUAAACUGAAAGAUAUUAAAACUGCAACAGUGUUAUUCUUGGCAGUCUGACAUUUAAAAUGAAGAAAUAGCAGAGUAAUUUUCCAUCACAUUAUGUGGAACAAUAUAAUACUUGUGCUUUUCUUUAGGUUCCUCGGUUGUCAGAGUUAAAGCUUCUUAGUUUUAGGUCCCCAUUUUGAAAGUGCUGCCGUUUUAUAUAGCAUGGCACAUUUUAAAUCUCCUCAAUCAUACAGGAUGAUGCCUCUGGUGGUUGACUCCAUGAGUCUACAUUAAAGUCAAGUCGAUCUGUUGUCCUCAUAGUCACUACAUGUCUAUUGCUGUUCUAAUUCUAAGUAUCUAAGCAUGCAAAAAAUAUUGCUGGACAGUCAAUGAGGAGUGUCCCGUUAUAGAGUUAUUUGCUGAAGAACACAAAUUAACGGGGAAUGGAUGUGUUUUUCAAACCACCGUUAAGACAAAAGAUUGUAGUCAGAGUGCAGUAUGCUGCAAUUAUUGCUCCAAAAUACCACAGUAGACUGCAGUUUCAAAACGGCUAUCUUUUUUUGUAAGGGCAAUAUGAACUGUGAAUAUAUUAGUAUACCCACUCAUCAAAAGCGAUGCCAUUAUUUGCACUGCCGACACAAUUGUGGGGUAUGGUAGUUGAUUACAUCAAGGUCAUCUGUAGCUUCUGAACACAAUUCUCAGUGGCAGGAAGGUUCUUCUGUGUGCUUUUUUUAAAAGCCAUCUUGUUGAUGCUGUGUAGUAUCAACUAAAUCAAGUUUUGAGUAUAAAAUCUGGAUUAAAAAUGGUAUGAGACGAGGUGAAAUUGUCUACAUAGGCCUAUAUUGUGCAUAUGCACACAACGUAUCUACAUUCUUUUAAUGUUUUAUGGGUAAAAAAUAGUCGAUUUUGUUUUUUGGUGAUUAAAUGCACUUCAUUUUUAUUUGACCAGACAUGUUUGCUUGUGUAUUUUUCAUUUGUUUUACUGUGCAUUGUAGCUGAUAAUGAAUGUGUGUUACAUGCAGUUGAGUCUAGAUUCUUUCUUUCCGUUUGGGUUUCUUUUGCCAUUCCCCAUCACUGCAAUAAAGACACUUUGUACAAAGAA